GCACUCCACGACCUCUGGAGGGUGCCCGAGUAUCAUAUCCAUUACUUUCUGUAAAUUAGUUCGCGUUGGUGAGCGCUAGCCGUAGAUGUGUACGAUGUUGCUGACCUUGAGGAGCCGAUAUAAGUUGGAGAAGUCAUCGCAUCUUUGAUCACAUCCAAGAAGACUACAACGCCGCUGGUCUAUUCUGUUGUAUCACCCGCAGUAAAAUUUUACUGCAGAGAGACUGCGUCAAAGAACGGGUCUACAGCUUUGUUGCAUCAACCCUUCUGGCGAACUAGCUGCACUUGAUACGACUUUUGAGCCUUUGAGGUAGCGGCUGGCUGCUAUGGUCAAAAGACAACUGAAGGAGACAACUGCCCGUGGACUAUAUGUGUCUCGGUCAUCCGCUGUAAAACUUGACUGCUGAACGGCUGUUGUGAAUGGAUAGGUCUACAGCAUUUCAUUAUUAACGUUUGAGGCAGCUUACUAGCUAUACUGUACCAACGACUCUGAUUCUUCAAUAAGAGCUUUAUAAGAAUUUGAAGAUACAAUAGACAAGAUGAACUCGACUUUGAACACGACUUCGCCAACUCCGCUUCACGAGGGAAAGCUGAAGCAGACAGUGCCUAUCAUUGUUUUGUUUGUCUUUUCUUACACCCUUAUCUUUUUGUUUUGCAUAAUUGGGAACACGUUGGUUUGCCUGGUGGUAGUGAAAUCACCGAGGAUGCAAAACGUUACCAACUAUUUCAUUUUAAACUUGGCUGUGGCGGACCUUCUUGUUGCUGUGUUCUGUAUGCCCUUCACACUGGUGGACAACAUCGUCUAUGGCUGGCCUUUUGGAGACGUUAUGUGUAAGUUAUCCGCUGCCACCACGGUAAUUUCGGUUGUAGCGUCCGUCUUGACCCUGGUAGCCAUCGCAGUAGACAGAUAUUGUGCUGUUGUCUACCCAACUCAAGAGAUCAUCACUCUCCCCCGCAUGAUGCAAUCCAUCGCCAUCAUCUGGUUCUUAUCCGUCCUCAUCGCGCUGCCUGUGAUCUUCGCCAAAAGAGAAGAAACUUUUAAUCCCCCAAUGCAAGUAUGCACAGAAGCAUGGCCAACCUACGGUUCCUGGUCUGCUCAGGAUUUUCGAAGGAUGUUCAGCAUCGCGCUGCUUAUGUUUUCAUUUCUUGGUCCUUUGCUAAUCAUCACGAUUCUUUACAUGCGCAUUGCGUACCGAAUAUGGUUCAGAAAAGCACCUGGUGAUAGCGCCAAUGUUUCGGAUCAAGCUAGAGAAACCGCCACGAAGAAGAAAGUCAAAGUGAUUAAAAUGUUGAUCGUUGUUGUGGUGUUGUUCGCCCUGUCGUGGCUACCGCUGCAUACGCUUAUACUACUUGACGAAUAUGCCAUGCAAAACAUGGAUUACACCGUACAAAACGCCGUUUACAACUACUGCUUUCCUGUGGCCCACUGGCUGUCGUAUUUCAAUAGUUGCGUAAACCCAAUCAUAUACGGAUACUUCAACCAGAACUUCCGUGCUGGGUUUAAAGCGAUUCUAACACGCAGUCGAGGCAAUAUUCCCUGCCGUCUUUAG